AUGGCUUCCUCCAAACUACUACUCUUCCUUUUAGUCCUCUCCACAUUCAAGUUCCUCUCCAUAACAUGUACUGAUUUCGCUGUUGGCGGCGAAUAUGGUUGGAAAACUCCCAAAUCCAAAAAUGACUCACAAAUCUUCAACAAUUGGGCAUCAAAGAAUAGGUUCAUUGUUGGUGACACUCUCCAUUUUGAGUAUGAUAAAGACUCUGUGUUGGCUGUGACUGAAGAGGAGUAUGAAAAGUGUUAUUCUUCUCAUCCUGUUUUCUUCUCCAACAAUGGAGACACUGUAUUCCAUGUCGACCGGCCGGGAUUGUUCUACUUCAUUAGUGGGGUUUCUGGGCACUGUGAGAGAGGCCAGAAGAUGAUCAUCAAAGUUUUAGAUGCUGCACACCCACCUCAGUCAACCGCAGAACAGAAUACAACAACUGAGACAUCACAAGGCAGUGCUGCUCCUGGAAUGUCUGCCUUCUCUAGUCCAACUUUUAUGCUUCUCAUGGUGUCGUUUAUUGGACCAGUUCUUGUCGUUUAGAUUAAAAUUUGACUUAGUUUGCUACCAAGAUUUGUUUUUCCAGCUAGGUUGAUAUUGGAGAGUGUUUAGACUGAAUAUGUUACUAUGUUUUAGAAGUUUGACUUUCGUGUUAUGAAUAUUGUCUGUUUAUUAUAUGAAUAUAUAUUUUGCUUUGG